UUAACCGGCGUCAAGCUGGUGACGAUCACUCUCCAUUUGAGUUCUUCUGCCAUGCGCUCGCAAGUCGCUACACUCUGAUUGCUCAUACUAUUUGGCGAACAUAAUCUCAACAGAUAGAGGAUGAAAAAGCUUUGCAGCGCUUCUAAAUCUAAAGUUGAUAAAUUCAUAGAAUUUUCGAAGAGAGAGAUCGGUUUAUCCGUCUCCAGGGCUUUCUCUCGCCGAAUCGCUGCCUCCGAGACUGUGGUGAAGCAACUUGAUCUGAGUGGAGAAUUAGAAGGUCAUCAGGGAUGUGUUAACACUAUCAGUUUCAACUCCACCGGUGAUAUUCUGGUGUCUGGCUCUGAUGACAAACAAGUAAUUUUGUGGGACUGGGCAAGAAAUACAUCAAAAUUAUCAUAUCCGUCAGGCCACUUCGAUAAUAUAUUCCAGGCCAAGUUCAUGCCAUUCUCUGAUGAUCGUAAAAUAGUCACUUCGUCUGCCGAUGGCCAGGUUAGGAUUGGUCAUGUGCUGGAGAAUGGUGAUGUCAACACAGAGAUGCUAGGAGAGCAUAUACUUCGAGUACACAGUCUUGCUGUAGAACCUGGCAGCCCACAUAUAUUAUACAGUUGUGGUGAAGAUGGCUUUGUUCAACAUUACGAUCUACGAAGCAGUUCUGUCAAAAAGCUACUGUGUUGCUCAACGUUUGUGAGGAACAACGCACAUUCCCCAUGGGACAUACGGUUGAAUGCUAUUGUUAUUGACCCGCGUAACCCCAAUUAUUUUGCUGUGGGAGGUGCGGAUGAAUUUGCCCGCGUAUACGACAUCCGAAAAAACCCAUCGGAUCCUAAGACCAAUUCACCUGUAGAUGCGUUUUGCCCUCAUCAUCUUAUUGACACAAAGGAUAUUACCAUCACGUCAUUGGCUUACUCCAACACAAGUGAAUUGCUCGUCUCCUACAACGAUGAAUUGAUCUAUCUGUUCCAGAAGAACACCGGGUUGGGUCCCAACCCUUUGUUGUUAUCACAAGAAGAUGUAGGUAAGCUGGAAGAGCCUCGGGCUUACCGGGGGCAUAGGAAUUUCCAAACUGUCAAAGGAGUUAGUUUCUUUGGCCCAAAUGAUGAAUAUGUUACGAGUGGAUCUGACUGUGGUCACAUAUUCAUGUGGAAGAAGAAGAGCGCUGGGCUUGUCCGUGUGAUGAAGGGCGAUAAUGAUAUAGUAAAUCAGCUUGAGUCCCAUCCCCAUAUUCCUCUACUUGCCACCUCUGGCUUUGAAAACACUAUUAAGCUCUGGGCACCCUCGUCCAAGGACAUCACUCCUUUGCCUCCUGAUUUUGAUGAGAUAUUGGACAACAAUCAGCGAGGCAGAGAGGCCCAUUCACAGGCCAGACUGAUGCGAGUGACCCCUGAUAUGGAUCUGAUAAGGCACCUCUUGCGUUUGCAUAGGAGGCAAGGGUGGGAAGCCUUUGGUUCUAGGGAGGGGCCGCAUGAUGGGGACACUGAUGCGAGCGACGACGACGAAGAUGUUGGAGGAGGGGCCCCACCAGGGGAUGCCAAUGUCUAUGGAUAUUCUGAUGAAGAAGGUAAUUCUAGAGAGUGUUAUGUCAGCUAGAUGAGCAACAAAUAGUUUGCAUUGCAUGGUAUUGUUAAAACUUGUAUAUUGCUCCCUCUAAUGUUGCAAAUGGUAAAAUAUGUUUGGCUAUAAGCCCUAGGCUGGUGUCAUCUGAAUCAAUCAAUCCCACAGUUACUGUAAAACCCAGACAAUCUUCUUACAGUUAGUGCAAAACCCAGUCAACUUUUGUUGACUCAUAGCCAACUACAUUCGUCUCUAGAUUAGAAUCUCACCAGACAGGAGAUAUUUAGAUCACAUUAAAGAAGAUAGAUCGAA